AUGAAAGCUGAGUGGGUGCAGCUGCUGGCUAGGGAUCCUGUAAAGACUGAAGAGCCCCAGUCUCCAGGGCUGGAGGGGGCAUUCCUGCCCUGCGGGGAGGCGGAUGAUGCCGAUGCGGACAUCGAGAAGACCAUGAGCACGGCUCUGCAUGAGCUGCGGGAACUCGAGAGGCAGAACACAGUCAAGCAGGCUCCAGAUGUGGUGCUGGACACCCUGGAGCCCCUGAAGAACCCGCCAGGCCCCAUCAGCUCAGAGCCCGCCAGCCCCCUGCACACCAUUGUCGUCCAUGACCCCGACGCCGCCAUGCACCGCAGCAGCAGCUCCUCCACCGAGAUGAUGACCACCUUCAAGCCAGCCCUGUGCGCCCACCUGGCCGGCGCCCAGCUGCGCCCGCCCCCCAUGUGGCUGGUGUGGCCCGUGGUCCAGCGUCGGUCCAGCAGCAGCAGCAGCUUGGGCGUGGGCAGCCCAGCUGGGACACCCACCGAGAAGAUGUUCCCCAACAGCUCAGCCGACAAGUCGGGCACCAUGUGAGCUGCAGGAUGGGGCGGCACCGCCCUGCCCACUGUGGCACACCAUGGCCAAGGGUGGCCUCUGUGACCUCAGUGAACGUCCUUCCCAGUGCUCCAGGCCUUGUCAGGCAGGGACCAGAAGGCCAGCCUGGGAGCGUGUGUGUGCAGAGCUGAGGCCUGGGCACCAGCCGCAGCUCACGUUCAGCCAUGUG